AUGGCUGGUGGUAAAGCGGUUAAUGAUUCAGACAAAACCAAGGCGAAAACAGUAUCCAGAUCAGCUAGGGCAGAAUUGCAGUUAUCUGUCGGAAGAAUACAUAGACCUCUGAAAAAUAGGAGAACAAGUAACGGCCGUGUUGGUGCUACAGCGGCGGUAUAUUCACCAGCUAUUCUGGAAUAUCUUACUGCCGAGGUUCUUGAAUUGAUGGGGGAAUGCAUCGAAGGAUCUUGA